AUGAUGUCGAAUGUGAAGAUUCUCGUUACGUUGGGGUUGCUGAUUUAUGGGGUUCUCGCAAGAAAUGCAGAUGGCAAUCGUGAAUUUUUCAAGGAAACGAGUAAUAAGAGACAGGCUGGUUCUAUGUUGAUGGAACUAGCAAAGGAGCUUGUGCAAAGAUCUUCGACUAGUAGCCAGGUGUUGAACCUGAAUUUGUCAAAUUUGUUACUGCUUUUGGUCUUAAAAGCAGUCGUAUUUGGAGCGGGAUAUUUGGGACACCAUGGCUACAAAGGGCGAGAACUAGAAGAAGAAAACGUGGUGUCCGAAGGAGAGAUUACAUUGGCACUGGGAUACUUAAUGGGAGAUACUUGUCUGUAUAGAGCAGCUUGCGAGGAACCUCAUGUUGCUAAAGAGUACCUAGGAGCUGCUGAAAUGAUUAUCGAAACGAUGAAAUUGUUACCCCAGGCUUCGCCAAUUGAAGGAAAGUACGAAGAAACAAUGGCGGAAUUCAGGAAAGCCAUUGAACAUGGGAUUACGGAUGGCUGUCCACCUCAAUAUACCUGCAAAAAGGAGAAUAUUAAGAAUUUUUUGAAAGAAGAGAACAAAUGA